AUGGAGUACCCAAAUACUUCAAAUGAACGCAUUGAGAAUACUGACGAUGAUCAUCCAAAGAACGCGUCUGUGAAAUACAAGUAUGAUGAGAGUCGUUUGAAUAAACUAGAGUUGCAAUAUGCAGCAGCUAAACAAGAUUACGCAGAGAAGUACAAAGCAUACAUGGAUGCCAAAGAGAGUAACAUGAAGGAAACCGAUGCGGACAACUACAACAUUUUAGAUGAGGAACAGAAGAAGGCCCUAUGCAGUCGAAAACCCUCACACUUAUUGUUGUCUCUCUGCUUUUUCCUGACGUUCAUCGCUGGUCAAAACAAUUGUCCAAUAAGUUAUCAAUGCAGCUACGUUGAGAAUGAACCGCAGAUAUCCUACCCGUUCAGAGUAAUAGAUCGCCAGGGUGAAGGAUGUGGUUACCCAGGUUUUGAUCUCACAUGCAACACUUUCGAUAAACCAGUUCUUAAACUACCACAUUCGGGAGAUUUUCUUGUUCGAAAAGUCGAUUAUGUCAACAAAGAGAUACGACUCUACGACCAGGGUAAUUGCCUCGCGCGACGCUUUCAACAACAAAACCUGGACAUUCACUUGUCACCAUUCAAGGCUUUUGGUUAUCAGACUUUGAACUUCUAUAAUUGUCCACCAUCAGCAACUAAUAAUCCACCCAAUGAACUUGCUGGAAAGUUUUUAGGUGUUCCUUGCCUUAGUGAUCAGCGAAACACCGUACUUUAUACAAUUUCUUCGGGCAGUCCUUCUGAUGGCAAGAUUAGCCAAGUUUUCAUGAGUUUAGGCUGUCUGAUAAAUGCACCUAUCACUAUUCCUGUACCCUUGGCUGCUGUUACUAAUGCUUACGCGUAUGAAUUGAUCCAUGGUGAUCUUUAUCUUACAUGGGUCGACCCAGAUCCAAAUGGAGCAGUAAAUGAACCGAAAAACCCACUAGGUGGUGACAAGCCAGAUUCAGAUGAUGCAGCAUAUAAUUUCAUGAAAUUACUCAAAGCGAUAGGGCCGAUUAUUGGUGUCAUCGGUGCCAUCGGGACAAUAAUAACAAUAUACAAAUGCUGCUGCAGUACCCCGACGCCAGUGGCAAUUACUGUUGAAUUUGUGUGAAGAAGGGAGUAGAGAAUUAAAGUGUUAUGGUUGCAUUCCUUUCGAAAAUGGAUAUUGUUAUCGUUCUGCAUUUCAGAUUCGAAUACGUUUUGAGAAGUUUUAUCAUGACUAUAUUGGUUGUCUGUUGCCCUGUUGGUUGUCUUUGUAAUUACUGUUUAUGUUUGUAACUUUGUAAGCUUGUUGUGCAUCAGUGCUCCGGCCGGGUGCCUUCUAUUUUAGCAUCACACAGUUUUGUGUA